AUGUUCAUACUCUGUAUAUUACUUCUUUUUGUUCAAGUUUUAACCGUGUCGACUUCGGAUUCGUACAAUGAAAAAGAUUUUGAACGACAAAAGGUAGUGGGAUAUAAGAUCAAAUGUGAUAUCGACCAGUCGUUGGUGAAGACGGCUGAAAUUACUGGUGAAAUGACCAAUUGGGGACUCUGGCCUUCUCAUAAUCCUUGCAUGUAAGUUCAGAUGUUUUUUUACUUUAGCUCCAGACCCUGAAAUUAGUUCUCGCCCUGCCUAGCUGUAGCCAUAUUCCUAACUCUGGACAUGGCCUAGCACUAGCCAAAUCGCUAGCUUUGGUCAAAGCCCCAGUUCUAGCCGUAUUCCUAGCCCUGCUCUUAGAUCAAUGCCUUCAAGCUGUUAUAAUAAUAAAAGCUUUUACCAACUUUAGUGCCCACCCAACCAAGCCAGUCCAACAACUAGCCCACGUUCACAACAAUCAGUUCAUUUUGACUUGCUACUUCAAAAAAUCGGAUUUUGGCUACUUUUCAAACAAAUUCUACAUCACAAUCAAGCACAAAUGCACAAAUCGACAUACACCCACUGAACUGAUUCUUCAGGUCCCAUUCUAUAACGAAGUUUUAAGCGCCAACAACAAACGUCAAUUCUUCCCUAGCAUCGAGCUUUAUCAAUUUUAA